AUGUCUGCUAGCAAUGUUUUAUGGAACGCCGCUGAAUGGCUUGAGAAUAACUACGAAGAGAACAAUGGGCUUCCCAGGUUUUUUGUUGCAGGAGACUAUUCCUAUCAGAAUCGAGAUAAAGCCAUGAAUGACUACAUUGCUAUUGUAACACUUGCUAAAAGCUCGGACGAUCCUCUCUAUUCAAGAUGGGCAAAUGCAGUCUCAGAAGCAGAAUUUUCAAUUCUUUCAAAUAGAUCAGUUGAGGAGUUUUGGGAUGUAUUAUUGAAUCACGAAAAUCGACACCAUUCUCUCAAGGCCUACCAGAAGAUCAAAUUUAUCAAUUCUGAUCCCUCUUCUAGCCAAUUUAAACCCUUAAUCGCACAAAAGUUAAAAAGAAAACAAAGUAGCGAACAUUUUUCUCAGCCUUCCCGCCAAAGAAUUGUUGUCAACGAGGUCGAUGGUGUUUUCGUCCCUGGCUUGAGCUCCUCUAUUGGUAGUUUUAUUGGCACACUGGCAAGCAAUUCUCAAACAUUGGAUAGAAAAAGCAGAUAUUUUGUUACUCUAGGUAUGAAUGGUAUUCUCGAUAUGACGGACACUACAGCAGGUAGCCGACUCUCGCAACUCCCAGAAGAAGCAUCACAAGCCUGUCAAAAUAGGUUUGUACCUGUUCAAAAUAUAGUCAAUUUAAACACAAUCCAAAAGUAUGAAGAGUUGUUGUUACUCAAUGAAAACGAACAUCGAAAAUUCUUGCGAAGAUCCCUGCACCGAAUCAAAUAUUCAUGGCUAACUGACCAGAAUACAGAUACAGUAGUUGAUAUUGUUCGUGACGUAUAUCAAUAUAUCCUAAAAGUGCAUCUCUAUUCGCCUGAAGUCUUCACUGAAAAGGCACAAAGCUUCCUAUCAGAACAAGAUUAUAUCAUCAAGCUUUGGGGUUAUCUUAUUGAAACCGUAUUUCAUUCUUCAGGUGUAAUGGCUCAUUGGGGUGAUACUAUAUCAUCUUUCUCGAUUAAAAAUGGAACUCUUGCCAGAAUGGACCUACGAUUAAUCAACCUCUCGGAUGAUAGCCAUAAGGAGGCACUUGAUGUUGGUAACGCUGAGUUUGCCAAGAAAGAAACUGAAAGCAAAUAUUAUAAAGAUCUCUUGAAAGCCGUAAUAUCCUCAAAGAUUCAUUUAAACGAGCUUGUUGAAAAUUUUCCAGGUAUCACUCAAGAAAAAGUCAAAAAUUUACAAAUGCCUCUCUGUGUUGUAACUAGCACGACCUGCUAUGUCUAUGGUCUUUAUCUUGAAUCACGCAACCUUUAUAUACUUAAAGAUGUCUGUAGUAUGUCUAUCCCUUUAUCACUAAAGGAAAUGAAAGAGUGA